GUGGAGAAAGAGCGGGGGCGCGCGUGCGCAGUGGCGCGGGGAGGAGCAGGGACCUGGCAGCGGGCUCGGAGGCUGCGAGCGAGCCGCGAACCGGGCGGGCGGCGGGCGCGCGCACCAUGGGGGAGAAACCGGGGACCAGGGUCUUCAAGAAGUCGAGUCCUAACUGCAAGCUCACUGUGUACCUGGGCAAGCGGGACUUUGUAGAUCACCUGGAUAAAGUGGAUCCUGUGGAUGGCGUGGUGCUUGUGGACCCUGACUACUUGAAGGACCGCAAAGUGUUUGUGACCCUCACCUGCGCCUUCCGCUAUGGCCGCGAAGACCUGGAUGUGCUGGGCUUGUCCUUCCGCAAAGACCUGUUCAUCGCCACCUACCAGGCCUUCCCGCCGAUGCCCAACCCGCCCCGGCCCCCCACCCGGCUGCAGGACCGGCUGCUGAGGAAGCUGGGCCAGCACGCCCACCCCUUUUUUUUCACAAUACCCCAGAACCUGCCCUGCUCCGUCACCCUGCAGCCAGGCCCAGAGGACACAGGGAAGGCCUGCGGGGUGGACUUUGAGAUUCGAGCCUUCUGUGCCAAAUCGGUAGAAGAGAAAAGCCACAAGAGGAACUCUGUGCGGCUGGUGAUCCGAAAGGUGCAGUUUGCCCCCGAGAAACCCGGCCCCCAGCCUUCAGCUGAAACCACACGCCACUUCCUCAUGUCUGACCGGUCCCUGCACCUCGAGGCGUCCCUGGACAAGGAGCUGUACUACCACGGGGAGCCCCUCAAUGUCAACGUCCACGUCACCAACAACUCCACCAAGACUGUCAAGAAGAUCAAAGUCUCUGUGAGACAGUACGCGGACAUCUGCCUCUUCAGCACGGCCCAGUACAAGUGCCCCGUGGCUCAGCUCGAACAAGAUGACCAGGUGUCGCCCAGUUCCACGUUCUGUAAGGUCUACACCAUAACCCCCCUGCUCAGCGACAACCGAGAGAAGCGCGGUCUCGCCCUGGACGGGAAGCUCAAGCAUGAGGACACCAACCUGGCGUCCAGCACCAUCGUGAAGGAGGGUGCCAACAAGGAGGUGCUGGGAAUCCUCGUGUCCUACAGGGUCAAGGUGAAGCUGGUGGUGUCUCGAGGCGGAGAUGUCUCCGUGGAGCUGCCUUUUGUUCUCAUGCACCCCAAGCCCCAGGAGCACAUCACCCUCCCCAGACCCCAGUCAGCUGCGCCAGAAACAGACGUCCCGGUGGACACCAACCUCAUUGAAUUUGAUACCAACUAUGCCACGGACGACGACAUCGUGUUCGAGGACUUUGCCCGGCUCCGGCUGAAGGGGAUGAAGGAUGAGGACGGCGAAGACCAGUUCUGCUAGGCGGCGGCAGCGGUGGGGGGCGGCUGGCAGAAGGGAGUGGAUGGUGCUGGGAGAGGGAGGGGCAGGACUGAGACCCCGCUGGCACCGGGGGAUCCCAGCCUCUCUUCCCCUGCCCUCCCCUCUCCCCGGGCGGCUGCCGCGACCAGCCCGCCUCCCCCUCCCCACCAGAGACGCACUGGACCCACCUCUUGGGGAACAUGGGCAUUAACCUUUCCACGACAGCUGGGCUUCCCCAACCCCGCAGCGGGUGGCACGCUGUGUUCAUACCUAAGUUUUGUGGAGGGGCCACUGGAGAGGCGUGACAGCAGGGAAAGGGGGAGGACGAGCUCCCACAUUCAACCUCACCCCGACACCCCUGCCCGUCACCACCUCUGCCUCCCAUUCCUUCAGGAUGAGACCCUCUGGGGGGCAAGGCCACUUUGUUUCUGAGGCUAAAGAAGAAAAUAAACCUUUUAAUAGGCA